CAGGCUGACCUCUGAUGUCCAGACCCAGGCUGAGACCAUGGUUAUUUUGCGACAGGGGGACUAUGUCUGGCUGGAUCUCAAGACAGGCCGGGAGUUUGAUGUCCCAAUUGGUGCAGUGGUCAAACUCUGUGACUCUGGACAGAUCCAAGUCCUGGAUGAUGAGGGCAAUGAGCACUGGAUUUCUCCUCAGAAUGCAACCAAUAUUAAACCAAUGCACCCUACCUCCAUCCAUGGGGUUGAAGACAUGAUCCGACUUGGGGACCUCAAUGAGGCAGGAAUUCUACGGAAUCUACUGAUUCGCUACAGAGAGCACCUAAUCUAUACCUACACAGGAUCUAUUCUGGUAGCUGUAAACCCGUACCAACUGCUCCCUAUCUAUACACCUGAGCAGAUUCGGUUAUACACCAACAAGAAGAUUGGUGAAAUGCCACCUCAUAUUUUUGCCAUAGCAGACAACUGCUACUUCAACAUGCAACGUAACAACAAGGACCAGUGUUGCAUCAUCAGUGGAGAGUCUGGAGCUGGUAAGACAGAGAGCACCAAAUUAAUCCUGCAGUUCCUGGCAGCCAUUAGUGGACAACACUCUUGGAUAGAACAGCAGGUUCUAGAAGCCAAUCCUAUUCUGGAAGCUUUUGGCAAUGCCAAAACUAUUCGUAAUGAUAACUCCAGUCGGUUUGGGAAGUACAUUGACAUCCACUUUAACAAAAGAGGAGCUAUUGAAGGGGCCAAGAUUGAACAGUACUUACUAGAGAAGUCACGCGUCUGCAGACAGGCCAGAGAUGAGAGGAACUAUCACAUAUUUUACUGUAUGCUAAAAGGUAUGACAGCCGAUCAAAAGAAAAAGCUGGGACUCGGAAAGGCAACCGAUUACAUCUACCUCACUAUGGGACACUGCACAGUGUGUGAUGGCCGAGAUGAUGCUAAAGAAUACUCAAACAUUCAGUCUGCAAUGAAAGUCCUCAUGUUUACUGACACAGAAAAUUGGGAAAUUUCUAAGUUGCUGGCAGCCAUCUUACAUAUGGGGAACCUGCGCUAUGAAGCCCGAAUGUAUGAUAACUUAGAUGCCUGUGAAGUAGUGCGAUCUUCAUCCCUGGCAGCAGCUGCUGUUUUACUAGAGGUUGAUCCGCAAGAUGUGAUGAACUGCCUUACUAGCCGGACUCUAAUCACGCGAGGAGAAACCGUUUCCACGCCACUCAGUAUGGAGCAGGCACUAGAUGUCAGGGAUGCUUUUGUAAAGGGAAUCUAUGGAAGACUUUUUGUGUGGAUUGUAGAAAAGAUCAAUGCUGCCAUUUACAAACCUCCUUCCAGUGCACCAAAAUCUGUGAGGAGGUCGAUUGGCUUGUUAGAUAUAUUUGGCUUUGAGAACUUUACUAUCAACAGCUUUGAACAACUCUGUAUCAACUUUGCCAAUGAAAACCUGCAGCAGUUCUUUGUACGGCAUGUCUUCAAACUAGAGCAGGAGGAGUACAACCUUGAAAAUAUCAACUGGCAGCACAUUGAGUUCACAGAUAACCAGGAUGCACUAGAUAUGAUUGCCAUCAAGCCCAUGAACAUUAUCUCUCUUAUUGAUGAGGAAAGCAGAUUUCCGAAGGGUACUGACACUACAAUGUUAAACAAGCUGAACUCCCAACACAAGCUCAAUACCAAUUACAUCCCACCAAAGAAUACUUACGAAACCCAGUUUGGAAUCAACCAUUUUGCUGGAGUUGUUUAUUAUGAGACCAGAGGAUUUUUAGAAAAAAACAGAGACACCUUACAUGGAGACAUUAUACAGCUUGUCCACUCAUCCAAGAACAAGUUCAUUAAACAGAUCUUCCAAGCUGAUGUUGCUAUGGGCGCGGAAACAAGGAAACGUUCGCCAACACUCAGCAGUCAGUUUAAACGCUCACUGGAGCUGCUCAUGAGAACUCUCAGUGUCUGUCAGCCUUUUUUUGUCCGAUGCAUCAAGCCUAAUGAGUACAAGAAACCAAUGUUGUUUGACCGUGAGCUAUGUGUGCGUCAGCUGAGAUACUCGGGAAUGAUGGAAACUAUUCGAAUACGAAGAGCUGGCUACCCUAUACGUUAUACUUUUGUGGAAUUUGUAGAUCGCUACCGUGUUCUUAUGCCUGGUGUUAAACCAGCCUACAAGCAGGAGGACCUUCGAGGAACUUGUCAACGGAUAGCAGAAGCAGUAUUAGGAAAAGAUGAUGACUGGCAAAUUGGCAAAACCAAAAUCUUCUUAAAGGAUCAUCAUGACAUGUUACUGGAGAUUGAGAGGGACAAGGCAAUCACUGACAGGGUUAUUCUUAUACAGAAAGUUGUCCGUGGCUUUAAAGACAGAUCAAAUUUUGUUAAAAUUCGAAAAUCUGUGAUGCUAAUUCAGAAAUACUGGCGAGGCUAUUAUUGCCGAAAAAACUACAGUGCGAUGAGGACUGGAUUCUCCAGACUCCAAGCCUUGUAUAGGUCCCGGAAACUACACAGAACAUAUCAUGUAGCCCGAAAAAGAAUUAUUGAGUUUCAGGCUCGUUGUCGAGGCUACUUGGUCAGACGGGCCUUCCGGCACCGACUAUGGGCUGUUAUUACAAUACAGGCUUAUGUCAGGGGAAUGAUUUCAAGGAGACUGUACAAGCGGCUCAAGGGAGAGUACCGUCGGCGACUUGAGGCAGAAAAAAUGCGUUUAGCUGAAGAAGAAAAGUUAAGGAACCAAAUGAGUGCGAAGAAAGCAAAAGCAGAAGCAGAGAAGAAACAUCAGGAACGCCUUGCUCAGCUAGCUCGUGAGGAUGCAGAAAGAGAAAAGAGGGAGCGUGAAGAGGCAAGACGAAAAAAGGAACUUCUGGAGCAAAUGGAGAAGUCGCGCAAUGAACCUGUCAAUGACUCAGAAAUGGUUGACAAGAUGUUUGGCUUCCUUGGAACUACCAACUGUUUUCCAGGCCAGGAAGGCCAGGCACCUUCUGGGUUUGAGGACCUUGAGCGCACACAGAAGCAUUUGGAAGAAGAUGAUUUAGAUGAAUCAUUGCCUCUGCCCGAAGAAGAAGAAGAGGAUCUCUCUGAGUAUAAGUUUGCCAAAUUUGCAGCCACCUACUUUCAGGGUACCACCACACACACCUACAUCAGGAGGCCCCUAAAACAGCCCCUACUCUAUCAUGAAGAUGAGGGCGACCAGUUGGCCGCCCUUGCUGUGUGGAUAACUGUUUUAAGGUUUAUGGGAGAUCUUCCUGAGCCCAAAUAUCACACAGCCAUGAGUGACGGCAGUGAGAAGAUCCCUGUUAUGACCAAGAUCUACGAGACCCUGGGGAAGAGGACAUACAAACGAGAGCUGCAGGCCUUGCAGGUGGAAGGCGAGAACUCCCAUCUUGAUGGUAACAAGAAGAACAGCAUGCGACACAAGCUGGUAUCCCUCACUCUGAAGAAGAAGUCAAAAUUAACAGAAGAGGUGACCAAGAGGUUAAACGAUGGAGAAUGCACCUUGCAAGGUAAUAGCAUGCUUGAGGACCGUCCAACAUCUAACCUAGAGAAGCUCCAUUUUAUUAUUGGGAAUGGUAUCUUGAGACCAGCAUUAAGAGAUGAAAUCUACUGUCAAAUCUGCAAGCAACUAACCCAAAACCCAUCAAAAAGUAGCCAUGCAAGAGGUUGGAUUCUCAUUUCCUUGUGUGUUGGCUGCUUUUCCCCCUCAGAGAAGUUUGUCAAGUAUUUGAGAAACUUUAUAAGUGGUGGGCCUCCAGGUUAUGCCCCUUAUUGUGAAGAGAGGCUGAGGAGAACAUUUGCUAAUGGGACAAGAACUCAGCCACCAAGCUGGUUAGAGCUACAGGCCACUAAGUCAAAGAAGCCCAUCAUGCUUCCUGUCACAUUCAUGGAUGGCACAACAAAGACGCUGCUGACUGACUCUGCCACAACCGCCAAGGAGCUCUGCAAUGCACUGUCUGACAAAAUCAGCCUAAUGGAUAAAUUUGGCUUCUCCCUAUAUAUUGCCUUAUUUGACAAGGUGUCCUCUCUGGGAAGUGGAAAUGACCAUGUGAUGGAUGCUGUGUCUCAAUGUGAACAGUAUGCCAAGGAGCAAGGAGCACAGGAACGUAAUGCCCCCUGGAGGCUAUUCUUCCGUAAAGAAAUCUUUACUCCCUGGCACAAUCCCAGUGAGGACAAUGUGGCAACAAACCUUAUUUAUCAGCAAAUUGUAAGGGGGGUGAAGUUCGGGGAAUACAGAUGUGAUAAGGAGGAGGAUCUGGCAGAACUGGCUUCACAACAGUAUUAUAUUGACUAUGGAUCAGAUGUUUUGUUGGAACGUUUACUUAACUUAAUCCCUUCCUAUAUCCCAGACAGAGAGAUUUCGUCCACCAAAACUGUGGAAAAAUGGGCACAAUUCAUAAUGGCUGCUCACAAAAAGGGAAUAUACACACAAAAAAGAAUGGACCCCCAGAAAGUUAAAGAAGAAGUAGUGGAUUUUGCCAGAUUCAAGUGGCCUUUACUUUUCUCACGGUUUUAUGAAGCCUUCAAAUUUUCAGGUCCCAGUCUGCCAAAGAAUGAUGUGAUUGUUGCUGUAAACUGGACUGGCGUUUAUUUUGUCGAUGAGCAGGAGCAAGUUCUUCUGGAACUUUCUUUCCCAGAAAUCACUGCAGUGUCCAGCAGCAGAGGAGGCAAACUUCAAGGGCAAAGCUUUUCGCUUGCAACCAUUAAGGGUGAUGAAUAUACAUUUACUUCCAACAACUCUGAAGAUAUCCGUGACCUUGUGGUUACCUUCCUGGAGGGGCUGAGGAAAAGGUCAAAGUAUGUAGUGGCUCUUCAAGACAGUAUGAAUCAAGGGGGAGAAGAAACUUCUUUUCUGAGUUUUAUGAAGGGAGAUCUUAUUACUUUGGACCAGGACACUGGAGAACAGGUGAUGAAUGCUGGUUGGACCAAUGGCACAAAUGAAAGGACAAAACAGAAAGGGGACUUUCCCACAGAGUGUGUCUACGUGUUACCCACCAUUACAAAACCUGCCCCUGAGAUUGUGGCAUUAGUGACUAUGACACCUGACCAGAGACAGGAUGCCAUUAGGUCAUCCCAGCUCGAACUGAUGGACAGUGAGGAGAGAGUUAAGCCGUAUACUCUGGAGGAGUUCUCUUAUGAUUAUUUCAGACCCCCUCCAAAACAUACACUGAGCAGAGUGAUGAUUACCAAGAGUCGUGGGAAGGACAAGCUGUGGAGCUGCACUCGGGAGCCUAUCAAACAGCCACUACUAAAGAAGGUUCUGAAUCAUGAGGAACUCUCUCAGGAAGCCUGCAUGGCUUUCAUCGCCAUUAUGAAGUAUAUGGGUGAUUAUCCAUCCAAGCGUACACGCUCUGUCAAUGAACUCACUGACCAAAUAUUUGAAGGUGCCUUAAAAGCAGAACCACUGAAGGAUGAGAUUUUCUGCCAGAUUGUAAAGCAGCUUACAGACAAUCACGUCAAGUACAGUGAGGAGAAAGGCUGGGAGCUGCUUUGGUUAUGUACAGGCCUUUUCCCUCCAAGCAAUGUUCUGCUCCCACACGUGCAGAGGUUCUUACAAUCCAAGAAGCAUCAUCCCCUUGCCCUUGACUGCAUGCAACGGCUGCAAAAAGCACUGAGAAAUGGUGCCAGGAAGUACCCACCUCACCUGGUAGAAGUAGAAGCCAUUCAGCACAAAACCACUCAGAUUUUCCACAAAGUCUACUUUCCUGAUGAUACUGAUGAGGCAUUUGAAGUGGAGUCAAGUACCAAAGCCAAGGACUUCUGUCAGAAUAUUUCAGGGAGAUUGCUACUGAAGUCAUCAGAUGGCUUUAGCUUGUUUGUGAAGAUUUCUGAUAAGGUAAUCAGCGUUCCUGAAGGAGACUUCUUCUUUGACUUUGUCAGGCACCUCACAGAUUGGAUCAAGAAAGCCAGACCAGUAAAAGAUGGUAUAGUGCCUUCUUUAACAUAUCAAGUCUUCUUCAUGAAAAAACUGUGGACAAACACAGUUCCUGGCAAAGACUCCAUGGCAGAUUCUAUUUUUCACUAUUACCAGGAACUUCCAAAAUAUCUUCGUGGCUAUCACAAAUGCUCACGGGAAGAGGUUUUCCAGCUAGGUGCUCUGAUUUACAGAGUCAGAUUUGAAGAUGACAAGUCCCACUUCCCCAGCAUUCCUAAAAUGCUAAAGGAGCUUGUGCCACAGGACCUGAUUCGGCAGCUAUCUCCUGAUGACUGGAAAAGGUCCAUUGUGGCUUAUUUUAACAAACAAGCAGGAAAGUCCAGGGAAGAGGCCAAGCUCAUGUUCCUAAAAAUAAUUUUCAAGUGGCCUACCUUCGGCUCUGCCUUCUUUGAAGUUAAGCAAACAACUGAGCCAAAUUUUCCAGAGAUACUACUGAUAGCCAUUAACAAGCAUGGAGUUAGCCUGAUAGAUCCAAAGAGCAAGGACAUUCUUACAACAUAUCCAUUCACAAAGAUCUCAAACUGGAGCAGUGGGAACACCUAUUUCCACAUUACAAUUGGGAACCUAGUGAGAGGAAGCAAACUUCUGUGUGAGACUUCGUUGGGCUACAAAAUGGAUGACUUGUUGACCUCCUACAUCAGCCAGAUGCUGACCACUAUGAGCAAGCAACGCAGCGCCAGGGGCAGCGCAAAGUGAACUGAAAGGGACUACUGGCGAUGGGCCUUUGAAGUAGUCCGGCUGCUUCGCCCCCCGGGUAACCCCUGCAGCUGGGCAAGUAGCUUCUCCACACAGGUAUGGCGAAUGAGCCGGAGCGUGUCAUGGAGCUCAGAGGAGACGGACACUGAUGAGGGCAGCCCCACCUCACCCUCCAGUGAAGAUGACUACCUGUGAUAUGAAGAUUGCUGAAGCGAAUGGAUGCUCCAAAACAAAACUGAAUAGUCCACAGCUCCCUGGCCAACACUGCCAUCCUAACCAGCUGAAGGGAGUUUUGCAUUGUGGCUGAACCUGACAUCUGACUGAGGUCAGCUAGAGGAGCCAAAAAUGGAUUUGUAACAUUACGCAAGGAGGUCUAGCAAGUCUGGUUACAUUUGUGAAGGAUUUGUUCCUUAAUUGGCACUCGUGUUGUUCACAUUUGCUUCAGUGUCACAUUUCAAUGGCAUGUCUGCGAUCUGGUGUACAAACCUACAAACUUAUUUAACUGUGGGAGUCCAGUGCUUUGUAACAAUGGUAUAUAUGUUGUUGUUUUCUAAAAUAAACUUAAAAGGCCUUGUAA